CCCCCCAAAAAAAAUAUAUAUAUAUAUAUAUUUUGAUCCUGCCAAAAUGGUGGUUGUUGCUUCCUCCUCAUGAUCCCUCCUUCCAAGCAGGGUAUUUUCUACAUCUUCUUUCUUGUCUAUUUCUUCUACACCGAUGCUGCUUCUUUCAUCUCUAUUCUUUCAACUAUUAUUUCUUCACUACUGUGGUUGCAUUCUGCUACUGUUGUUGUUACUUGAUGCUACAAAGUAUUCUUGUUACUCUUUUUCCUUCUCGGCCAUUACUUUUUUGGUUGAAAAAUGUUUAUAGUGUCAUGACCCUAGGAGCAAUAAAGGGUUAAUACGGUAAUAGGCUUAUAAUUGUUGUUAGGGGAUAUUUUAACAAUUGGUUAGAAGCACAUGGGUGUUGUAAUGCAUUCAGUUAAGAGCUAGAUAUGCCUAUAAAAGGCUACUGUAAAUGGAUGAGAUCAUUAUGUUGAAUAAUAAUUGAAUUCAUUCUCUCUCUCAAACUCUAUGAUUUCUUCCUUCUGUUCUCUCUCUCUCUCUCUCUCUUUGUUCUGAUUUGCAACUCUCGCCCUCAUUUCUAUCUACUAUCUUCCCCUAUUUCUAUCCAAUUUUCACCUCCAAUCAUUCUGUUCUUGGUCCUAACCCAUCAGAAUCUUCCAAUUUCCAAUCCAAACCCUAGGUAUGUGAUAAAUUGGUAUCAGAGUAGUCAUUCCUUAGCUGUGAGUUCGGUAAUUCAAUAGCAUCCGUCGUCCGAUCUGAUUCGAAAAUAAUCAAGCUAGAUUCGAAGCAAAGCUUGUAAAUCACUACGGAGGUAGGCAGUUUGUAGAAGUGGUCUUAGUGUCGAAAUUCUGGUGAAUUGGAAGCUAGGAAAUCAAUGGCGAGCCAGCUAAUUUUAGCAAACUUUAGUGGUGAGUCGCGAAGAAGAUCCUAGUCUGAGUAUUAAAGGCAAAGCUGACCGUUGACUCUUGGUCGAAAAAUUCAAGAGGCAUCGAUUGCAUCAGAGUCGUUCAAUGUGUCAAACUGGCACCAACUGAGUAACAAAGCCAAUCGAAAAAGGUGAUUGGGAAUGUCAUUCGACUUUUGGAGGCGAGCGAGGAUACAACUCUGUUAUUGAUCUCCAAUGGUGAUUUACGUUAGUGAUUAAGUGAAGCAAUUCCGGUGAAUUCUGAAGCCGAGCUAGUGGUCACGGCCAUUGGAUGGUGAUUGGGGUGGGUCGCGGCCGUUGUACAUCUUGAUUGGCGAUGAAUGCAACGAUUCUUAGGCUGUUGAUUUCUCCAUUUUGUCGCUGCUAAGUUUCUACACAGUGAAUCUGGUCAUCCUUGUUCAAAAAGUGAAAGGUGAAAUAGAACACAAUAGUUUUGGCUCGAAGCGGUAGGCGGAUUCUAUUCGUAGAGACAGAUUUUGCUCGCGAGAUCCAACACCCUAGGUUGCCAAUUUCCGAUCACCUCACGAUCCGAAUCGGAAGGCAUUUGAGGCGAGUAUAGGAGACUUUUACAUCAAGCGAGCCAGGAGGUGGAGUCGGACCCAUUGCCUAGCAGUUCAUUUUGUUGGGGAAUUGAAGAUCGUUGAUCCAUAAUGAAGUGGAUCUUGAGCGAUAGCUGAUUCGUAGUGACCGGCUAUAGUGAUUUCCAGAGAUCGGCUUGGGUUAGGAAAUUGUUGAGUUGCAGUUGCUUUCAGUCUUGAUCGGCGAUCAAUUGCGGAUCAAGGGAGCCUGAUUGAGUUGCAGAUCAGACGGGCAACUCAGUACAAAUCAGAGCGAGGCGACUUGUUGGAGGUUGAAUUGAGCCGAUUAAAUCUUCUGCUAUUGAAUUGGCUUUGGACAAAUCUAGGUUGAGUCGCUUGAAUUCCCGAAGCAACUUGAAGUAGUACAUGAGAUGGUUGAUUUUAUUGUUGUGUUUGCCUUGAGUUUGUGUGAUAGGAGAUCAAUAAAAUAUUGGAGAUGCAUUAGCUGGAAGAUUAGAUCAAUUAGUUUUAAAUACCAAGUGUAAUUUAGUUAGUAUUUUGGGGGUCUAAUUGUAAUAUCCCAAUGAUAGAUGUCUGCCCUUUCUAUAAAUAAGAGGGCCUAGGGGGCAGUCGAGAGGCAAUCCAAUGAGAGUUUCUAUUCAUCUGUGAUCAAGUACUGAUUUCGUUCUUGAGAAAAGAAAGGCUAAGUGAUUAGAAUUUAGUCUUGUGCAUUCUUGAGAGAAGAAAGGUUUGUACUCGGGGAUAUAAAUGAGGGCCAAAAGCUGAUGUACUGAUCUUAUUUCAUCUGAAUAAAGAUUGUUCUGUGUGGGUGUUGGAUUGCUGGAUGUAGGUUUGCCUAAGGGCAUUCCGAACCAAGAUAAAUCUCGUCUCUUACUGGUUCGAUUUUAUCUUUUUGUCAUUGUAUUUCAUUAUGUUAUAUCUGAUUACUUAAUUGGUUUCUAAUUCCAUAAGUGUGUAAGGAUUCAUGUGGAAGUUCUCUUCGGAUUGGUCCAUGGUUUUGUAAGUCCUAAUAUCAACAUUUUGGAAAUUGAUUCUGAUUUCUGGGGUGAUAGACGGUUGUCGUAGCACUAAGGUUUGGAGUUCGGGAUGCGAACUUCGUUGGCAAGCUUGCCAGGUGAAUUUUGAUUCAUUUAGGCUAUUGCCGGCCAAUGUGGUUAACUUCCAAGCGAAAGAGCAACCCUCAAUUUGGACGUUUGAAUUUGGUAGGUGAAGCAGGGUGGAAAGAGCUCUAAUUUCUGGGCCUGUGGAUUGUUCCGCCCGUGAAAGUUUUGUCAAGAUAGGCAAUGCACACACGAGGCCAUGGGAGCCUCAAUUGCAGCAGAAGAAUGUUGUAUUUUUAGUGGGAUCUCCUGCUUGUGAGGCUAUGGGAAGCAGUGCACGCAUGAUACAAUUGGAACCUCAAUUGCAACAGAAGAAUGCUGAUAAUCAGUUCAAUCAAAGGCGCAAGGAAACAAGCAGUGUGAUACAUGAAACGUGCGAGGGGUUCGACCGUAUGUUACACGAGCAGCUACAGGAAUUUGCAAUGAUACUGAUUAAGAAGUAUCACUCCAGCUUUUUCGCUGAAUUCUUCGAUGAUUAUUGCGGAAGUUUUAACCCAGAGGAAUUCCUUAAAAUGGAGCAAUCGAAUGAGAAGUCAAGGUGGCAGGAAAUCGAUUUGCUGCUUACCUUCAAUGUGGAGUGGAAGAAGUAUACCGGUUUAGGCGGAAUUGACAAGGAAGGUGACUAUAACAACAGUGCUGGCAGCAACAACAACAAUUCUGGGGCUUUGGUCCAGGGUGUGUGGGCAAAAGGAGAAUUAAAAGAACACACCAAUUCCUUUGGAAAAGUUCUUGAUGAGGAUGUUCCAAAUGAUAAUCAUGGAAGUCCAAAACUAGAGCUGAAUGACGCAGUCAAUCAGAUGACAGGGAUAACAAGAGGCAGCAAGGGGUUUCUGGAAUUGGAGAGGAGUUCUCCUACUGAGAUGGAGAAGUUAGAAGAACAAAUAACACCUCAAGAUGCACCUACUAAAAGGUUGCAAGGGAAUAAUGGGGAAGCAUUUGAUGAAGCGAGGGAGGAAGCCAAGACCAACUUGUUACCCCUGGUGGCUCGUGCAUGGGCCGAAGAAUUUGGUGGUGUUCUGGAUCAGAAGUUUGUGGAAAAUGGAAUAGCAUUGGAUCAGGAAAAUCUGACUAAAGGACCAUCAAUCUAUACGGAUAUUGGUGCUGGAAUCCUUCCUCCGAUUUUGGAACGAAACAUUGGUCCAUUGGAUAAGCUGGUUAUAAAAUAGGUUGGAGCUGAGAGUGGUAAUACCUGCAACAUCUAUCCUAGGUUGGGUCCAGAUUGUGAUGGACCACAUGCCGUUAAAGAAGGUCCUAAGGACAUUGCUCCUUUGACUCUGGUGCUGAAGCAGGCUGAGUCGUCCUUGACAAGGGUUAAAGUAGGCCUCAAACAGUCUCCAGUGCUGGUUUUGGUAGGGAAGGAAUAGCUUAAGUGGACAAAACAGAAGGAUUGCCAUAAGGUCUGGGAGAAGAUGGAAGAGGAAGUUGCUGCUGGAUUGCAUGUUAUUACAACUCACUGGCAUGAUCUCUAUAUAAGGACUCUUGAAGAAUACACUCUACAUUGGCACGAAAGGCAAAACAAAAAGAACAUAAAAGUGAAAAGAAAGUGUCCUAGAAGGAGAGAGAAAGAAAGAAGGAUAAACCAGAUAGAGAAGGUUGGGAUUAGAUGUAGAGCAAGGCUAUUUGCUGUAAGUUCUUGGGGACAAGAACUCUCUUAAGGAGAGGGGAAUUGUCAUGAUCCUAGGAGCAAUAAAGGAGUAAUAUGGUAAUAGGAUUAUAAUAGUUGUUAGGAGAUAUUUUAGUAAUUGGUUAGAAACACAUGGGUGUUGUUAUGCAUUUAGUUAGGAGCCAGAUAUGCCUAUAAAAGGCUACUAUAAACGGAUGAGAUCAUUAUGUUGAAUAAUAAUUGAAUCCUAUCGUCUCUCUCAAACUCUCUAAUUUCUUCCUCCCGUUCUCUCUCUCUCUCUCUCUGUGUUCUGAUUUGCAACUCUCCCCCUCAUUUCUAUCUGCUAUCUUCCCCCAUUUCUGUCCAAUUUUUCCCUCCAAUCAUUCUGUUUUUGGUCCUAGCCCAUCGGAAUCUUCUGAUUUCCAAUCCAAACCCUAGGCUAAACCCUAGGUACGUGACAUAUAGUAGAUACUGAUUCCCACAAGGAAAAUUGCACACACCACAAAAUAUAUAUUAUCAGUGAAUAUGAAUUAAGCUCUAAACUGUCUGUAGAAUUGUUGCCUAAUAGAUCAAUAAUUUACUUCAACAACCUGCAGAAUUCACACAAGAGAUGCCAAACUUUAGAUGGAUUCCUCUGGAAAGGGUGGAAAACAAAGUGUUUGAUACCAUGACCAAGAAACAAAACAUAAUGAUUGGCAAUUACAAAUUAUAUGAAAAUAUAAUUACACUAUAGAUGUUAUAUCAAUCAUAUCCUAUGUCUUUUUGCUUGCAUUGCAAGAUAAUUUCCCAUGCCUGAUUUGCCAUCAACACUUCUAGUGAUUGCCACCUUGAUCUCAAGUCUCAAAUGUGGUGAAGCACUCACUCAAUUUGGCAAAAUAAUCGACCCAAGGAUGGUGGAGGUUACCCAAAUAGCACUAUUGAUCUCAAGUAGUAUUAUAAAUGUUCUCUUGGAGUAUUGUAACCACAUUAGAUCUAAUUAGGUCAUUUAUAUUUGCUCAAGUGAGUGGGAAUUCAUAGAUUGGAUACCAAAUUGAAACCAAGAUUAGUGGGUUUGGUUUGGCCUAGUUCUACAUCUCCAUGAUUCCAGAUGUUGGUGACUCCCAUAACUCCUGUUUGGUCUAGUUCUACAACCCCAUAGGUUAGUCUUAUUUCCAGGCUCCUGAUAAUAUAUCCUAACAAGUUACACCUUCGGUUGUUGGCUAGAUAUACCAACUCAACCUAUAACAAUGGCUUCCUUUAUGAGUAGACUUCCAGCUUCCCAAUAUCAGUCGUUUCUAUUUCUUCUCUUCCACAGUUUGCAUGGUGGAAUCUUGGAAAUUCUCUGUAAAUUCCUUCCAGAAAUCAGUUUGCAGGUUCCCAUCUCCAAGCUUCCAGUGAGAGUUACCUUCUGUCCUCCCUUCUUGAAGGUAACCUCCAUUUUGUUGAAAUCAAAUAUUAUUGGACUGAAUGUUCUCAUUCAAUCCACUGCUAACACCAUGUCACAUCCAUCUAACUUUAAUAGUGGUAAUUCAGUGAUAUAUUCUUCCCCUUGAAUUUCCCAGCUGAAGUCAACACAGUUGGAUUUUCUAUACACCUUGCUUCCAUUUGCCACAGUGACCGACAAAGGAAACGUUUUGUGCAACUCACACAACCCAAGUCCUUGGCAGUUUUCUCAUCAAGGAAACUGUGUGUAUUGCCACUGUCAAUUAAUAUCAUUAACUUUUUAUCCCUUACCUGACCCUCCACUUUGAUGAUUUUGUUUGUGGGACACCCCUUUAAAGCAUGUAAUGAGAUUCCUCCUCCUUCUCCCUCAUCAGUGGCUUCCAUUUCUUCUGUUCCUUCUUCAUUUCUGCCUUCCAGAAGUAACAGAUGCUUGUUACAGUGAUGACCAGGAGAAUACUUUUCUCCACAUUUGAAACAAAGUCCCAUCUGUCUCCUUUGUUCUGUAAUAUCAGCUUUUAUCAUAUUUGGAUGAUAGGAUGAGGAUGGGUCUUGGGGAGGUUUUUGUAGGAGUUUUCCCUUAUUGGUUCCAUAAUUUGAAUUUCUAGCAACCGAGGACACCUGUGCUUCCCCCAACUCAAUUCCUUUGUAUGGGAUUAUGUUCUUUCUCAUUAAGGCUUCUACUGUAAGUUCUUGCAGCCUAGCACUCUCUGCUGCCUGUUUUACUGUUCUUGGCUGCAACAUCUUCAUUGUUGGCCUUAAUUCUUCAAUCAAGCCACUAAUGAAGCUUGAGACGAAGUAGGCUUAAGUGAAAUGUGGGUUGAGGUUCAACAUUAGGGAUUUCAGCUCCUUGAAUUUCAGUUGAUAGGCAUGCACUGAAUCUUCUUGCCUUAAUUUGUAAAAUUCUUCGACAACUUCCAUCAUACUUCGGUCUCCGAACCUUUCACACAAAUCUUCUACAAACUCUUCCCAUUAGCAGCCAUCUCUAACCUUGACCCGCCCUGGAACCAGGCAUCCCCUACAUCAUUGAGGUAAGCAGAGGCCAAUGUGACCUGCUGCUGCAGAACAUUGUACAAGAUAAACAUUCUCUCACAUCUUCUCACCCACCAUCUCAGGUUUUGGCCUCCGAACAUCAGAAUGUCUAGCUUUUGCAUAGGAAAACAUGGCUGAUUUUGUGUAACCAGUGUUCCCUGCCGCCUUCCAACAACUCUCUCCUCUAAAUUCUCUCCAAACACAGCAGGUUCCACCUCCAAUUCCACGGAACCAGCUGUCCUAGGAUCUGGUCCAAAUCCUGGAAGGAUUGGAUCAGCCUGUUCCCUGGGAGGAAAUUCAAGAGAUAGCCUUACCGGAUUUUUCCUUGUAAACAUCACCAUGAAUUGCUGCAGUUGUUCGUGAAUCUGAUUUCCAACCUCACACAUUUGACCGACAGCACUGUCCAACUUCUGUUCAAGCUUCCAAUCCAUGGAGACAAUUGCCUCAUGGUUCCUGUUUGAUUCGAUCUCCUAUGAAUCAACCCUGGUUUGCUGAUCAGAGAUCAUUGAGUGGAAUUGGUGCAGCUGGGGCUUGAAAUUCUUCGUCCAGGUGCCAUCUGCCAUCAGGGUUGAGAUCGCAAGUAGGAAUCGCCAGCUGAGGAUGUGCUCUGAAUUUUCUUCCCCAUUCACUGCAACUGUUCGCCGCUGAUUGCGAUCGCUGCAGAUCAACAAUCCUCCAGUUCUGAAGCCUCAAUUUGUUGGAACCACCUAUCUCAGCAUUGCCCUUCAAAUCUGAACAAAAUUACCAACACCCACAGCCGAGAGCCAAUUCUCUUGCUUCGCCUUCAAAAUUUGAUCAAUCGCCCCAACAAUCGCUGUUCCUCACAACAAUUGCUGAGUGAUCACUGCACAAUUGCCCGGCUCACAGCCAAAGAACGAUUGCUCUGAUACCACUUUGUCAGGAUCUUGAACCUGACAGACCAAUUCUCUUCAAUUGAUGAGAAUCAGAACAGAAUUUGGGUGAGAAAUGAGAGAAGAAUGGAGGGAGAUAAGAAGAACAGGAGGGAGCGAGAGAGAAAGAAGGUUUGGGGUUGGGAGGGAGAGAAGUUGAGAGAGAGAGAUCUGGAGUUGAUCGGAAGUUUUGGAUAAUUCUCGAUACCUCUCAUUUAAAUGGGUUAGUGUUUAUAUACUAAGCCUAGUUGCAACAUGACGUUGGCACCAAGCCAACUACAAGCUACACUUCAAGCAGCAACUUGAAGGUACAAUUGCAUACAACUUCUAUGCAAAAAUAAAUAAGGAAUCCCUUUUUAGAACAUGAGGGUUCCUGACAGCCAUAUAGAAAAAGGGAAGAAAGAAACACAUAUAACGUAGACAUGGAUUUUCAAUUGUGCAUUAUCCUUCUAGUUUUUUAUGUGUCUAUUAGUGGUGUGUGAUAUGUUCCACUUCUAUGCAAUCAUGCUCUCAUGUUGAAUGCUCAAUAAUCUAUGUAUAACAGUGGACAACACCUAUAUUAUGGGAAAAAGAAGAGGAAAAAAUAAACUACAACCAUUAAAAUACUGAAGAAAAUAAUAUAAUAGACUGCCUCCUGAUUCUUUCUAGAGACAAUUGGGAGACGGUAUGAAUUAGAUCAAAUGGGAAAUAAAAGUCGGGAAUACAUAGUGAUCCAUCUUUUCAUGCUUUUUACUUAUGAAGGUCAACAAAUCCAUUUAUUGCGCUUUUCAUCAAGAUAAGUCAAGUCAGUAGAGAUUACAUAUGAGGAAGAAGGCCAAGCGUGUGGAGAAAAAUGCACUUCAAAGAAUAUGAGAAACACCAAUAUUUUACUCUGAAUACUCUCAUGUAGUAAUAAGAAAAUCUUAACUAUCUACAAACAAUGAUUUAAACUAAAAACAAUUGCACCUAUUUAUAGACUAAAAUAAUCUAAAACUAAAUCUAACUAGGAUCCCACAACUAUUUAUAGUUAUGAUCUUACUCUAACCUGGAAUCAUUAUCACAUACCAAAUAGUUGGCAUCUCUAACUUAUCAAAAAAUCAACUUGAUCAAUUCAAUGCUCCUCCUUUAAGUGAUUUUUUGAAAGCCAGGCUAAGAUGGACAUGAAUGGACUCAAAUUGACUUUCUCCCAGCAACUUGGUGAAGAUGUCAACAACGUUGUCUUUGCUUUUUACCUCCAUAACGCUGAUGGUGCCUUCAAAAACCUUCUCUCGAAUGUAAUGAUGCUCCAAUUUGAUGUAUUUGGUUCUAGUAUGACAAACUGAAUUUGUCACCAAUUUUAAGGCACUAUUAUUAUCUCCAAAAAGUGUAGUCAGCUCCUGAAUCGGUGGAUGAACAUCUUUCAUAAGUCUUCACAACCAUUUACACUCUUUGAGCUGCAAGAGUAGCAAGAUAUACUAAGUCUGCUUUGGUUGUUGAUUGGGAGACCAAGUCUUGCUUCUUACUACACUAAGAUAUACCAUCUAUCUCCACAAAAGAAGACAUUACCUAGAUGUAGAUAAUCCAAGACCCCACCAAGAUCAACAUUGAUGUACCUAAAUUUGGGGAUAUUAACUUCCUUCUUGUAAUGAUGUCAUGAAUCGCAUAAAUGGGUGUCAAUCUCAACUACUUAUAAUAGAGAUCACACCUAGAGAGUAGGAAGAUCUGAAGAAUGCAGAUUUUUCUAGAGAUAUCUAGAAAAAUUCUAGAGAAUUCUAGAUGCUUCCAAUUAUUUAGAACAGUCUAGAAUUAUCUAGAAUAUUUAAGAUGCUACUAGAAGGUUCUAGAAAUUCUUAAGAUUGCUGGAGUUAUCUAGAAGGUUCUGGGGUUCCCUAGAAGAUCCUAGAGAAGAAGUAUUAAGGUAUUGAGAUGCUUUUAGUAGGUUGUGUGCAAAUAUCUUUAGCUAUACCAUUUUAUGUUGACAUGUGACACAAUUCUAGCCACAUAAUCUUUCCAUGGAUGCCUAUAAAUAAAGGAAGGCCUCAUUUGUAAAGGCAUAUGAGAAAGGUGUACUAUUUUGAAUUGUAAUACAAGAGCCCUUUCCAAAACACCCUUGAGUGUUUCCUUUGCCAUUCUCUUCUAUGUUCUUUUAAUCUAACACUACAUUUUGAAGAAGUAAGGCUGAACUUAGGCCUUUUCUAGUGAAGGAAUUGAGAAGCUUCAAUGUCGCAUGGGUGCUAGAAAGUUAAGUCUGCUGCAAUUGGUAUCAAAGCCAAGGUUUAAGACUUUGUGAAAGAGAUAUGGUAGAUUUGACGGCUACCGAACAUGGUGAGGUUUUGGAGGCACCAACAACAAUCACUAUACCUCUCAAAUGGGGAGGAUGGGGAUGCUCUAAGGAUGUCCAAGCAUACACUAAGUCACGAUUUGAGAGGAUGGAGAAAGUCAUGGCACAUAUAAUGGAGAAACUCAAGGAGUACCCAAGCAAUGAAGGACUUGAGACAUGGGGAGAAGACCUUAAGGGAGAGUUGCAAGGGAUCCUCAAUGCUUGUAUGGACACCCUUAAGGAGGAGUUCCAAGCCAAAAUGGAUGGAGUUUUGGCAUAAGUUGCAACUCUCAAAGAGAAAAUGAAGGUUAUUCAAGAGGAUUGGACUUUUUGCAAAGUAGCAGUUGCAAAUAAGGCAAUGAAUGCUCCUAAGGAAGUGUUGCGGAUAGACCCACCCAAGCACAAGCCAUACAUAGGGCACAUCAAGUAAUGGUUCUUUCUUGCCCCCGUUUGAAUUGAGUAUAAUGGAACAAGAUGCCAGGUUUUGGAUCUAUCUAGUGCAUUUAGACAACUCCAUUGGGACCACUUUCAAAAUUUUUGGUUGUACACGUUUGUGGAUUUAAUGCCCUAUCAUUUUAGGGGGCCCAAAAAGUUUACCAAAUUGGAGAAGAGAGUUCAAGUCUCAUCAAAUUAUCUAUCAUAACAUGAACUAUUUAACAACACUUUCAGUGUCGUCAUCAUUUACUAUCAUUCAAAAUUCUUAUCCAAAUUAUGAUG